AUGAACAAAAAUAUUGUGUAUAAUUUUAUAUUAAUAUUUACAAUAAUUCAAUGUGUUGAAUCUCAAGACAACAAUCCUGAUCAGCCAGCUGAUGAAAAAGAAGAAGAUGAUGAGGACAAUUUUGAUGUUUUAGAUAUAGAUGAAAUCAUUCAGCAACGAAUUAGUCGUUUUGAUGAUCCUCAAUACCAACCACAAUAUCAACAAUUACAAGAAUCUCAAUAUCCAACCCAACCUCAAACUCAACCCCAACCUCAGACUCAGCCCCAACAUUAUCCAGGAUAUCAACCAGAACCAACAUAUUAUCAACGAGAAUCAUCAGAAUAUUAUACUUAUCAACCAGAACAACCACCUGUAGACCCUCUAGCUCAACCACAACAAUAUGAUCAAUAUCAACCUUACGUACCACCACAACCUCAACCCACUCAACCACAGUAUCAGUAUUAUGGACCUAGUCAACCCGCUCAACCAACUUAUCAGUAUUAUGUACCGGUAACUCAACCAUCAAUACCAUUGACUCAACCCACUCAACCAAGCUAUCAGUAUUAUGGACAACCACAACCUCAACCACCAGCAAUACUUUAUCCUACUCAACAACCACAACAACAGUAUUAUGGACAACCACUACCUCAAACACCAGCAAUACCUCAUCCCGCUCAACCAAGUUAUCAGUAUUAUAUAACACCAACUUAUCCUAUUCAACAACCAAGCUAUCAGUAUUAUAUAACACCAACUUAUCCUACUCAACAACCAAGCUAUCAGUAUUACGGGCCAGCUCCUACUCAAACACCUGAACAAUAUUAUGUACCACCAACUACUCAGCAUCAGGUAGCUCAACAACCAACUGAAUCAGUUAAAAGAAAAAGAACUCGAGAUAGUGAGGAUCAAGGUGAAGAAGAAGAUGAAGAAGAGUCUGUUAAACCAAUAGGGCCGUUACUUAAAAAAUAUGAUAUCAAAUUUUAUAAAAGAAGUCAUUUGGGAAAUCUUGUAGAAAUGACUGAAGAAGAAUGUUUUGUUAUAUAUGUCGAUAGAACUAAAACAAAAAUAAAAUUCAAAAAAGAUCUUGAGCAGAUAAGGUGUGAAGGUGAAAUUAUUUAUGUCCAUUCACAUGGAGAACCUUACUGUUCAUUACUAACUCAUAGUAAACCAACAAAUAUUUAUGUACUGAACAUCGGUCAAGGAUUUAUAUUAAUUAGGAAAGUUAAGGGAUCUUGGAUAAGAACUGAUCAUGUUAUUCCAGAUUUUGUCAAAUUCUACACACAAGACCCUUUAGGCAAUGAGGUCCUAUUAACUGAAGGAGACUAUAGUAUUGAUUUUACAUCAUGUGGAUCUUUUACAUAUGAGUUGCGCCCAGGUGUAAAAUGCUACAAAAUAGAAGUUAAGGAAAUAACUGCAUGGAAGAAAACUGAAGACGAUGAUGGCUUUCCUGAGUUUAUUUAUGUAUCACCAAAAUUUACCGUUAUAAUUAAGUUUAAAAAAUAUACUAAAACGUUAGAAAGAAGGAUUAGGAAAUAUCAACUCUUACGCAAUUAUCAACAAACUGUUAUCGGUAAUGGAGAUGACAGUGAUGAUGAAGAUAAUUUUGAUGUGAUUGCAAGUGGAAUUGAAAAUAUACUUGAAGAUGAAACAGCUGGAGAUUCAGUAGUCUCUAGAAGUGUUAUCGAACAUGGUCUAGGACAUAUAGUGUAUGAUUCAUAUGGAUCAGAAUCAAUUACAAAAACUCAAACAUCACCAGACGAAUUUAGUGAGUCUGAAUCAGAAGAUGAAGAAUCUGGGGAGGGAGAUGAGAAUUUCGAAGUAAAAGAGAUUUUUGAAAAAGCUGAAGAACAAUUCAAUGAAGAAGAAGGUUAUGAUGAAUGUAUAUUAGAACAAAUUAGAGGAGAUAAUGGUGGUUUACUGCCAGAGCUACCAUCAACUACUAUUAUAGGAUUAAAUGAUAAAGGCAAACUUUUUAAGUUAAAAAGAUCAGAUUGUUACUUAAUUAAAAAAAGUAGAAAUUUAGUUAAAUUUGAAUUCAGUACUCCAAUUGUAGAAAUUUUUCAUAACGGAAUGACUGUGUGGAAACACAAGGAUAUAAAAGAAAAACCAACGUGGAUGAGUUAUAAUAUAAAAGAUAAAGUUUAUAUUAUUGAUUGUGGGCCUAAAUUAGAGUCAUUCAGAUUUAUUAAAGAUCGGUGGAUUAGAAAAGGAAGACAAAUUCCUCAAAACAUUAAAUUGAUCAAAAUAACUAUAUUAGGUAAAGAAUUAGAAAUGACUGAUAAUGAUUAUGAUAUUGAACUCAGUUCAUCUGGAAAUAUUAAAUAUAUGAUUAAAAGAAAUAUUAAGUGUGUUAAGAUAAUUCGAAAGGAACUAGUGGUUUGGGAAAAGGAUCCUCAAGACAGUUUACUUAGAAUGGUGUCUAUCGGGGAAACAAAGUACAUUGUGCUUUACUUUGAUGAUUAUUUGUAUAUAUUAAAGAAAAAGCAAGGUAUAUAUGUUAAAGAUGCUAAAUUACAAAAAAAAUGA